AUGGUCGGGCAUCAAUGCAUAUCGUUUGGACAGCUAUUUUUCGCCACCUUUGUUGCAGUGAUGUAUGAUUGGGCACUUACAUUCGGACAAGAGGUGGAAUUGAUCUGGCCUGUACAUGCUGGUGAAUGUCCCGACUAUCUCAUUGACAGAUACGGCUGGAGUAUGUCCACCGUAUGGAAUUGGAUUGGUGUUGUGGUAUUUGCGAUGUUGUGGGUCAUCAUCAUCGCUCGGUUGCAUGCGAUGUACCAAGGAUCCAGAAAGAUCCUGAUAUUUCUCAUUGUUACCUUCCUGGCUAUCAACGCUUUCGAUGCAGUGUCUCCCAUAAUGACAACGAUGCAUAAUUCAGGGGGUGGGUUCAAUUGUGAAUGA